AGGGAGGCAGGGAGGGUGGGGCUUCCUCCCCCUCCUUCCUCUUGGUCCCCCUCCUCCUUACUUUUAUAGAGCUAACUAUUGAGAAAUCCCUGGGGAAGCCUCGCCCUGAGGCCAGAGGGCAGGUUGCCCACGACGACGCCUCUUCCGAGGGGAAGAGAGACCCCAGCCCCCUUUCCCCACAUAUAAACAUCUCUCUCUCUGAGUCUCUCUGGAGCCAAGGCGCCUCCUUCCCUCCCUUCCGAAGGAGCCAUAGCCAGCCUCCUUGGAGUCGGUCGCCCAGGUGCCUCUUCUUUCGCCACGGGAGACACAUGGCUACAGAUGUCUUCAAUUCCAAAAGUUUGGCCAUUCAGGCCCAGAAGAAAAUUCUUGGCAAAAUGGCAUCCAAAUCUAUAGCAAAUGUUUUGAUAGAUGACACUAGCAGUGAUGUUUUGGAUGAGCUCUACAGAGUGACAAGAGAGUACACACAAAACAAGAAGGAGGCAGAGAAGAUAAUUAAAAACCUCAUUAAGACUGUUAUCAAGUUAGCAAUCCUCUACCGGAAUAAUCAGUUUAAUCAGGAAGAGAUCAUGCUUAUGGAGAAGUUCAAGAAGAAGGUCCACCAGCUGGCUAAAACUGUGGUGAGCUUUCAUCAAGUGGAUUAUACUUUUGACAGAAUUUUUUUGUCAAAAUUGUUGAAUGAGUGCAGAGACCUGCUCCAUCAAAUUAUUCAGCGUCACCUAACUGCAAAAUCUCAUGGACGUGUCAACAAUGUAUUUGAUCACUUCUCAGAUUGUGAAUUUUUGGCAGCUUUGUACAAUCCAUUUGGAUCUUACAAGACUCACCUGCAGAGACUUUGUGAAGGUGUCAACAAAAUGUUAGACGAGGGCAAUAUAUAAGUAACUGCAGUGGUGGUGACUGGUUGUAUAAUAGGCUGAGGACUACUGGUGGUAUUAUUGGCUGAAUGAAUGAAAGCAUGAAGAAAGUCUGGAAAAAUGUGUGGCUAGUAAAUGCUUAAAAUAACUUUUCAGCAGAUUGGCCCAUUAUUUGGGGUUGCCUAUUCUUUUACCCACUUACUCAGUAUUUUGAAGAUGAAAUAAUAAAGCCAUGAAACUGGACUGUUCAAGAGAAGUAGGGCUCUGUAAAAUAAAACAGAGAAAUUGUGUAAUCAUAUUUCUACAUGUAGGAGAAUAUUUAUAAUCAGCCAAAAGAUCUGUAUUUUUAUACACAAGAAACAUGAUUGGCACAUACAUGAUAACUGGAUGUAAGAUUUAACAGGAGUUAAAAUUAAACAGAACCUGUUUUCGUCUUUUAAAAACCAUAUAUGCUAUACAUAAUUGCUUAGGACACAUGCUUCUUAAUUAUAUUGUCAAAACAGUUGGGUUGAGAGAUCUGAUUGUCAUUUGAGAAGGCAAAGGACUGUAUGAUCACCAGUGAAACUUUCACAGCUACCAGGCAGUUCAUCUUGUGUGUUCCAUUUGUGUGAACUGACAUCUCCACAGCUAUAAUACCCCAUAACAGUAGUAUUUCUUCAAGCUGUUACCCUGUGCUUAUUCUCAGGAUAUAUUUCUCUUGUUCAGGAUGUGGUUUCUUAAAAAAAAAAAAUGCUUCCAUGAAAACCCAGCCUAAAUCUCUUAAUCUGAUAGAUUUUACUGCCAAAACAAUUGAACUAGACCUGCCUCAUAUGAAUCUGCCCAUAGUCAUCUCAUCUAGGUGUUGUGUUAAUCUGUAGUACAGUAAAUGUGCAUGAUUUAUCAGGUGGCUGGUAUUGAUGUGAUUAUAUAUCCUUGCUACUUUUAAAUAACUAUAGACACAAAAAGUUCAUUAGUGGUGCAUGGUCAAAGGAAGCAACUUUAUACAUGCACCUCUGUUCCUUCUCUCAAUAGGAAUACAUGGGGAUGUUGUCACCAUCAGAGCUUGAUAAUUUACAGUAUAAAAGGAACUAGUUACAUUACCCUGAUCACAAAAUAGGCUAUAAUUUGUUACUGCAGUCCAAAAAGUAACUUGCUGGAUUACUCGUCUCUGAUGUUACCAUUAUUGCUACUAUUGUGCAAUUCAAAAAAGUUCCUCUCAUUUCUGGUCAUCUUAAUUCUGAAUAAACUGCACCACCAUUCUAGCGUACCUGCACAACAUAGCCAUACGGAGAUAACAUAUGCUUUGGGCAGGCACACAGAAGUAGUAAUUCACUCAAUCCUUCAUACUUCCCCACCUUCCUCAAACAAUUUCUCUAAAUCUCAUGCCUGAGCCAGCCCCACAUGUCCAAAGAAGUGCUGCCUCCUCCUCUAAACACUAUCAUAGCUCACACCAACCCAGGCAGCCCAAGUGUCUACUCUCUGCCACGGUUUGAAGCAGCCUGACUGGCAAGGCAGCCUCUGUUGCACUCAGACUAACUGACUAAUUCCCUCCCUCUUUUUUGAUAAGAGGAAGGCAGAACAAUUUUUGAAAAGUUAAAAAAUUCUGGUGCAACCAUGCUUUCAUGUUUCUCCUCCCAUCCCUCACUCCCUUCUUAUUAUUGGCUCAUCUGCCCCUCACUUACUCUAACCCAUCCCACAAAGAGACAGCACAGGGCAGCCAUCCAUGUGAUCCUCCCUCUUCCAUCUAUUACUCACACCGAGUCUACAGUUUUGGUAAUGAGCCACAGGCAAUAACACUGAAAAGUCCUGUCUGAAAAAGUAACACCAUUCUGUCACAUUAUUGUAAAAAAUAACUUACUACCAAAGUACCUACAGUCAGCCCUCUCUCUGUAACCAUGAAUUCAACGAUUCACAGCUUGAAAAUAUGCCAAAAAUUAUUUUUUCCAAAUGUUGCAAAUGGCAAACCUUGAUUUUUGCCAUUUCAUGUAAGGUAUACUAUUUUACUAUGCCACUGUAUAGAAUGGGUCUUGAGCAGAUAAUGUGCAUGAACAUGAUAUCUUUCUUAUCUAUGUGAGCAUCUCUAGACCAAGCUGACAAAAUACAGAAAUCCUUCAGGAAAAAACAUGCAUGGUAAUUUUGUGUUAAACAAAACACAAAUUAUUAUUAAUAUUGUGCUCAUGAAAGCUGUAGUACUGUCUGUGUAUAUAACCUAUAGUAAAUGUAUAGGAAAUAUGAGGGGAAACAGCUUAUAAUUUCAGCAGCUUCAAUAAGAUUUGUUAAAAUAUUUGGGUGAAAUUAGGACUACCAAAAUGAGUAUGUUGAAAAAUGUAAUAUUUUUCCAUGUCAAACAAAUGAGAAGAAUUACACAUGGAGAAAUAUAUUUGCUGUUUAUUUAAUUGGCAGUUUUUAUGCUUUUAUAAGUAAACAGAAUAUUUGCACUCCAAAUUUUGUGUCUGAUUUUUGUGGCAUAGCAAAUCAAAAAAUUAAAUAUGAGCAACUUAAUUAAA